AUGGCGAUGCGCCUUCGCUCGACGACGACGACGACGACGCGGGCGAGCGCGGCGACGCGAGGGACACGGGCGAGGCACGGCGGAGGGUGUGUGCGCACGCGCGGGAACGUCGUCGUUCGGGGACGAGAACGCGACGACGGGGAGGAGAACGUGAUGACGAAGAUGGAAAAGCUCGCGGAAUCGAUCGGGGUGUCGCUCGGACCGAUCGGGAUGACGCUGCAGCAGGGAGAAAAGAAAUCGGAGAAGAAGACGCGAGAGCGAGACGGCGAAGAGAGCAGAAACGCGAUGAGCAAGGUGGAGAAGCUCGCGGAAUCCAUCGGGGUCUCACUCGGCCCUAUCGGGAUGACGCUGCAGCAAGGAGCGGCGAGCAAGGCGACGAAGUCGAGCGGCAAGAAGGAUGACGACGACGAGGAGGAAGAGAGCGAGCGACCGAAGAGCAUCGCAAAUAUGUCCACAGCGGAAUGGAGAGAAAGAUUUGUCAAAAAGGAUGGCACGGUGGAUCUGUGGCUCGAAGACGAGUACAACAUUGCGUCGCGCAAAGCUGGGGCGGUUGAGGCGGACUCACUCGUGAACAUAGAAAACUAUGCGUGGAAUGGUAUGAAGACUGUGGACGUCAACGCGCCGGUUCGCAAUGUGAAAGUAACAGAUCACGAGAGCGGUGAGCUCCUCGAGUUAGACGUUCCGGAGGGUAGAUACAUCUUGUUCGAGGCGGAACAGCAAGGUUGGGUGCUUCCGAACGCGUGUCGCAUGGGUGGGUGCACGAAGUGCGCAGUGAAGAUUAGCAAAGGCUCUGUGGAGCAACCUGAAUCUUUGGGCCUGUCCAAGGAACUCAGAGAUCAAGGCUACGCAUUACUGUGCGUCGCCAGCGCGACAUCUGAUGUCGAGUGCGUGACGCAAGACGAAGAAGAAGUGUACAUGAUGCAAUUCGGUAAAUCGUUCGCGGAAAUGGCCUUGGAUAAGAACUCAAACAGCGUGGUUCGCGAUGACUACGCCUUUGAAAUCGCUGACAUGGAUGAAUGA